AUGGCAGGAGUAUGUUUCAAGGAUCAACAGAUUCGUAGGAUCAAGGGUAAAGCGGAUACAAUAUCUGUGAACCAUCUAGAGGUAGAUGGUUCAACUCUCACUAUUCUUCUAGAUAUUGCUAAUUCCUUAGGCCAUAAUUUUUCUUAUAAUUCUUCCUCUAACUUUUCCUCGGAUGCUUUUCGGAAAGUGAAACUCCAGGAAGAGAGGAAAAGACUUACUUUUGCAUCAAAAAACGAGGAAUAUUAUAAUAAUAAAUUUACGAUCUCGGAAUUAAAGUUUUCUUUGAAACAGGCUCGUGAUACAGCUACUGGGCCUGACGAUAUACAUUAUCAGAUCCUAAAACAUCUCCCUUACCCAACAUUAAAAAAACUUUUAUGUAUAUUCAACCAGAUUUGGGAUGACGCACCAAAAGUCAAAUACAACAUCGUUUUGACUUCUGAUGGUGUCUUAAAAGAAAAGAAAACGUUUAAAGGUUAUUCUAGUGAUAAGAUAAGUGUAGAAGAUUACGUUCAGUUAGCAAGCGGACAUGAUGUGUCGAACGAAUUUAAUAAACCAUGGGAAAAAAGUUUCACCAAUGGAGUAGUUAUUCCAAAUGAUAAACAAACUAAAGUUUUUAGAAGUUAUUUGAAUAAUGUUAAAAGAAAACCACCAAAAAGUGAAGGAAUUAUGUAUCCUUACAACGACAAAGAUGAGUAUAGUUUUGACGAAAACUAUGAAUUUGAUGAUUUCGAUUAUCUUUCUAAUCAAGAAGAGAAUGAAGAUUGUUUUAAAUGA